CGCUCCCUGAGAGGGAGGGCGGCUGGGGCCCGCCGUCUGGGAGCCCCGAAGGCCGCCUCUUCCCGCCCCUGGUCCAGCCUCCGCUCGCUGCCUCCGCCCCCGGCCCGGGCCGCCCCCGCCUAGUCCCGCCUGUCCGUUCUCCAGCCCGCCGCGCUGAGCGCCGGGCCAGCGGCUGAGCCGGCGCACCUCGUCCGAGAUGGGGUGCUUGGACGCUUGAGUCGCCGUUCGGCGCGACCUCCGCGCGGGGAAGGACCCGGCGCCCUGCGGCCGCGCUAGAAUGGAGGUGCCCGGCGGCAACGAGUCCUGCGGCGAUGGGACUGGGGACGGUGCCCACCCGGACCCCAGGGCCCCCGGCGCCGCUGCGCCCAGCUCCGGUCCAUGCGCGGCAGCCCGGGAGUCGGAGCGCCAGCUGCGCCUCCGCCUCUGCGUCCUCAACGAGAUCUUGGGUACCGAGAGGGACUACGUGGGCACCUUGCGCUUCUUGCAGUCGGCGUUCCUGCAUCGCAUCCGGCAGAAUGUGGCGGACUCGGUGGAGAAGGGCCUCACGGAGGAAAACGUCAAGAUCCUGUUCUCGAACAUUGAAGACAUCCUGGAAGUUCAUAAGGAUUUCUUGGCUGCGUUGGAGUAUUGUCUACAUCCGGAGCCUCAGUCUCAGCACGAACUUGGGAAUGUUUUCUUGAAAUUCAAGGACAAGUUCUGCGUGUAUGAGGAAUAUUGCAGCAACCACGAGAAGGCCCUGAGGCUGCUUGUGGAGCUGAACAAGAUCCCCACCGUGCGCGCCUUCCUUUUGAGCUGCAUGCUUCUGGGAGGACGGAAGACCACGGACAUCCCUCUGGAGGGCUACCUGCUGUCUCCAAUUCAGAGGAUCUGCAAGUACCCCCUCCUCCUCAAGGAGCUAGCCAAGAGGACCCCUGGCAAGCACCCGGACCACCCCGCGGUCCAGAGCGCCCUGCAGGCCAUGAAGACCGUGUGCUCCAACAUCAAUGAGACCAAGCGGCAGAUGGAGAAGCUGGAGGCCCUGGAGCAGCUGCAGUCCCACAUCGAAGGCUGGGAGGGCUCCAACCUCACGGACAUCUGCACCCAGCUCCUCCUGCAAGGCACCUUGUUAAAAAUCUCCGCAGGCAACAUCCAGGAGAGGGCCUUCUUCCUCUUCGACAACCUCCUUGUCUACUGCAAGCGGAAAUCCAGGGUCACCGGGGGCAAGAAAUCCACCAAGAGGACCAAAUCCAUCAACGGCUCCCUCUACAUCUUCAGGGGCCGAAUCAACACUGAAGUCAUGGAGGUGGAGAACGUGGAAGACGGGACAGCGGAUUACCACAGCAACGGCUACACUGUCACCAACGGCUGGAAGAUCCACAACACGGCCAAGAACAAGUGGUUUGUCUGCAUGGCCAAGACGGCGGAGGAGAAGCAGAAGUGGCUGGACGCCAUCAUCCGCGAGCGGGAGCAACGCGAGAGCCUGAAGCUGGGCAUGGAGCGGGACGCCUACGUCAUGAUUGCGGAGAAGGGGGAGAAGCUCUACCACAUGAUGAUGAACAAGAAGGUGAACCUGAUCAAGGACCGCCGGAGGAAGCUGAGCACCGUCCCCAAGUGCUUCCUUGGAAAUGAGUUUGUUUCCUGGCUCCUGGAGAUUGGUGAAAUCAGCAAGACUGAAGAAGGAGUCAACUUGGGCCAAGCCUUAUUGGAGAAUGGCAUUAUCCACCAUGUCUCGGACAAGCACCAGUUCAAGAACGAGCAGGUGAUGUACCGCUUCCGCUACGAUGAUGGCACCUACAAGGCGCGGAGUGAGCUGGAGGACAUCAUGUCCAAGGGUGUGAGGCUUUACUGCCGCCUCCACAGCCUCUACACCCCCGUGAUCAAGGACCGUGAUUACCACCUGAAGACGUACAAGUCGGUGCUGCCUGGGAGCAAGCUGGUGGACUGGCUGCUGGCCCAGGGCGAUUGCCAGACGCGGGAGGAGGCAGUGGCGCUUGGCGUGGGCCUGUGUAACAACGGCUUCAUGCACCAUGUGCUGGAGAAGAGCGAGUUCAAGGAUGAGUCGCAGUACUUCCGCUUCCACGCAGACGAGGAGAUGGAGGGGACGAGCAGCAAGAACAAGCAGCUUCGCACCGACUUCAAGCUGGUGGAGAACAUUCUGGCCAAGCGCCUGCUGAUCCUGCCCCAGGAGGAGGACUACGGCUUUGACAUCGAGGAGAGGAACAAGGCCGUGGUGGUGAAGUCGGUCCAGAGGGGCUCGCUGGCCGAGAUGGCUGGCCUGCAGGUGGGGAGGAAGAUCUACUCCAUUAACGAGGAUCUGGUGUUCCUGCGGCCCUUCUCGGAGGUGGAGUCCAUCCUCAACCAGUCUUUCUGCUCCCGCCGCCCACUGCGCCUCCUGGUGGCCACCAAGGCUAAAGAGGUCAUCAAAGUCCCCGACCACCCAGAGGCUUUGUGCUUCCAGAUCCGUGGAGCCGCCCCGCCGUACGUCUACGCUGUGGGGCGAGGCUCAGAGGCCGCCGCCACGGGGCUCUGUGCGGGCCAGUGUAUCUUGAAGGUCAAUGGCAACAACGUGAUGAACGACGGUGCCCCAGAAGUCCUGGAGCACUUCCAGGCAUUCCGGAGCCGCCGAGAAGAGGCCCUGGGCCUGUACCAGUGGGUCUACCACACCCACGAGGAUGCCCAGGAGGCCCGAGCCAGCCAGGAGACCCCCGGCGAGGACCCCGGCGGCGAGGGGGCCCGGGAGGAAGACCAGUCUGACUCAGCCUUCCCCUUGCUGUCCCUGGGUCCCCAGCUGAGCCUGCAUGAGGACAGCCCUGUGGUCAGCCUGACUGUGGACAACGUGCACCUGGAGCAUGGUGUGGUGUAUGAGUAUGCGAGCACAGCCGGCGUCAAGUGUCACGUGCUGGAGAAGAUUGUGGAGCCCCGCGGCUGCUUCGGCCUCGCUGCCAAGAUCCUCGAGGCCUUUGCUGCCGAUGACAGUGUCUUCGUGCAGAACUGUGGGCGGCUCAUGGCCCUGAGCAACAACAUCAAGACCAUGUCCCACUUUGAGUUUCGUAACAUCUGCGACACCAAGCUGGAGAGCAUCGGCCAGAGGAUUGCCUGCUAUCGGGAGUUUGCAGCCCAGCUGAAGAGCAGGGUCAGCCCACCCUUCAAACAAGCAACUCCGGAACCCCAUCCGCUGUGUGGCCUGGACUUUUGCCCCACCAAUUGCCACAUCAACCUCAUGGAAGUGUCCUACCCCAAGACCACCCCCUCCAUUGGCAGGUCCUUCAGCAUUCGCUUUGGUCGCAAACCCUCCCUCAUUGGCCUUGACCCAGAGCAAGGCCACCUGAACCCUAUGUCCUACACGCAGCACUGCAUCACCACCAUGGCUGCCCCGUCCUGGAAGUGCCUGCCUGCUCUGGAUGGGGACCCUCAACGCCAGGGUCUCCAGGACAGCAGUGUUGGGCCAGCCAAUGGGGCUCUGGGCCCGGAGGACCGUGGCCUGAGCUUCCUCCUCAAGCAGGAGGACCGUGAGAUCCAGGACGCCUACCUGCAGCUCUUCACCAAACUGGACGUGGCCCUGAAGGAGAUGAAGCAGUAUGUCACCCAGAUCAACAGGCUGCUGUCGACCAUCACGGAGCCCACCUCGGGGGGGUCCUGUGAUCCGCCCUUGGCCGAGGAGGCCUCGUCCCCCCCACUGGUCAGCGAAGAGAGCGAGAUGGACAGGACCGACCACGGGGGCAUCAAGAAAGUGUGUUUCAAGGUGUCUGAGGAAGAUCAGGAGGACUCGGGGCAUGACACCAUGAGCUACCGUGACUCCUACAGCGAGUGCAACAGUAAUCGGGACUCCGUCCUGUCCUACACCAGCGUGAGAAGCAACAGCUCCUACCUGGGCAGCGACGAGAUGGGGUCUGGGGACGAGCUGCCUUGUGACAUGCGGAUUCCAUCAGACAAGCAGGACAAGCUUCAUGGCUGCUUGGAACAUCUCUUUAACCAGGUGGACUCCAUCCACGCGCUCCUCAAGGGGCCGGUCAUGAGCAGGGCUUUUGAAGAGACCAAGCACUUCCCCAUGGACCACAGCCUGCAAGAGUUCAAACAGAAAGAAGAUUGUACAAUCCGUGGCCGGAACUUGAUCCAGAUCAGCAUCCAGGAGGACCCCUGGAACCUCCCCAACUCCAUCAAGACCCUGGUGGACAACAUUCAGAAAUACGUGGAAGAUGGGAAGAACCAGCUGCUCCUGGCCUUGCUGAAGUGCACAGACACCGAGGUGCAGCUGCGGAGGGACACCAUCUUCUGCCAGGCCCUGGUGGCCGCCGUGUGCACCUUGUCCGAGCAGCUGCUGGCGGCCCUCAGCUACCGCUACAAUAACAACGGCGAGUACGAGGAGAGCAGCCGGGAUGCCAGCCGCAAGUGGUUGGAGCAGGUGGCAGCCACCGGAGUCCUCCUGCACUGCCAGUCCCUGCUGUCGCCGGCCGCCGUGAAGGAGGAGCGGACCAUGCUGGAGGACAUCUGGGUGACCCUCUCAGAGCUGGACAGCGUCACCUUCUCCUUCAAGCAGCUGGACGAGAACCACGUGGCCAACACCAAUGUCUUCUACCACAUUGAGGGGAGCCGGCAGGCGCUGAAGGUCGUCUUCUACCUCGACAGCUACCACUUCUCCAAGCUGCCCUCCCGCCUGGAGAGUGGGGCCAGCCUGAGGCUGCACACCGUGCUCUUCACGAAGGCCCUGGAGAACGUGGAGGGGCCGCCUCCUCCAGGCAGCCAGGCGGCGGAAGAUUUGCAGCAGGAGAUCAAUGCCCAGUCCCUGGAGAAGGUUCAGCAGUAUUACCGCAAGCUCAGAGCGUUUUACCUGGAGCGGUCUAACCUGCCCACAGACGCCAGCACCACGGCGGUGAAGAUCGACCAGCUGAUACGUCCCAUCAACGCCCUGGACGAGCUCUGUCGUCUCAUGAAGUCCUUUGUCCACCCCAAACCUGGUGCCCCUGGGAGCUUGGGGGCCGGCCUCAUUCCCAUCUCCUCCGAGCUCUGCUACCGCCUGGGGGCGUGCCAGAUCGCCAUGUGCGGCACCGGCAUGCAGAGGAGCACCCUGAGUGUCUCCCUGGAGCAGGCGGCCAUCCUGGCGCGGAGCCACGGGCUGCUCCCCAAGUGCAUCAUGCAGGCCACGGACAUCAUGCGGAAGCAGGGCCCCAGGGUGGAGAUUCUGGCCAAAAACCUGCGGGUCAAGGAUCAGAUGCCCCAGGGUGCACCGCGGCUCUACCGCCUCUGCCAGCCGCCGGUGGAUGGGGACCUCUGAGCACUGGGUUGCGUGGUGCUUGGCCGCGUCCCCUGGAGCUGGGACUUGGGAGGACCCAGGGUCAGUCCGGCCUGCUCCAGAGCCAGCCCGCGGCCUCCGCUCCCACCUGCUCUGCUAUCUGCCCAGCCUUUCAUCACCUCCUGCGAGGACAGGCUGUGUCCCCGGCUCUCCGGUGAGCUGGCUGAUGGGCCUGGGGCCAGCGCCUUCUCCAUGCUUCCGCCAGAAACCUGUGGGGUGCUGGGGACCCACGGAGCUGAUGGGGGCACCUGGGGCCAGGGUUCCUGCCCCUAAGUCCCUGGGACACAGGAGAAGUCACGGGCGCUGCAGCUGGAGGCCGCACACCCGGCCCCUCGGGAUGGCUCAACGUGCACUUUCAGAACUCCGGGUUUCCUUCUAAGUCCACAUUCCAGGUGCCCCCCAUGUCUCUGCCGCCUCCCACCUUAGCUUCCAGAUUCACCCCUAACCCUGUACUAACCUGCUCGGUGGACUCAGAAAAGCGGGCCUCUGCCAGGAGAGACAGAGGGACAGGGCACAACACCUGUCACCAAGAGGACACUCGAAAGCCACACCAGCUUCCGACAGCUCCGCCGUGGGGACUUGAGCCAUCAGCCCUGGGCACGAGAUUUGCUCUGACUUUAUUUAUAUGGCGUGAAAUCUCUAUGGUUUAUUUUGCAGUUUUAUGUUCGUGGUGUUGAGACUCUUUUCCCAGGUUGUGUGAUUAUAUCUUUGACUUUUUAAAUGUCAAAGAAAGGUAUAUUGUCUAACAGGGGACCAACACAAGGUAGUAUUGACAACUUUUUCCAGUUCUACUAAAAAAAAAAAACUAAAUUAUUGAAAAUUCAAAAAAUGUAUUUCAUCUUUCUAAAUAUUAGGGUCAUAUGGUAUCGCUUCCGAGUAUGAAUUUUGGUUCUCCCCCCAUCCCGCCUCUGGUUCCCCCGCAGCUGGUCAGUGCUGGAAUGAGUUACUUUACUCUCUCUGAAUGGCUGGCUGUAAGGAUGCGAGAGGCAGCUGGGCCAGGACUGGAGGGGGUCGAAAUACCCACGUGAGAUGCUGUCCCACGCAGGGGUGUGUCCUGCAGGUGGGAGCGCCACUGCGAACCCCUGGAUGGUGGCUUCUGUAAUCUAUUUUUUUGAUGUUAGCUCAGAGCCGAACAUUCAGGAAUUUUCAGCCAGCUAGGGAGACAGGAAGCCAACCUGCCCGCGUGGGCACAGGGACCCACACGGGGACCCCCUCCGCAGUGUGUCCCCUCCAGCUUCUGGUCUCCAGUGGGGAAAUGUCACAGCUGAGGCGGAAGAGGGGGGAUGUCUCCCUGCCCUUGGCUGGUGGUGAGAUAGCUGGGGGUUUCCCGAAGCCCCGCCAGUGCGUUGGCCCCUUGGCCUCCGGGGCCGCCUUCCUGAGCACUAGACGGCAAGGCGUGGGCUUGUUGCUGGGCCCUGGCGAGCCGGGCACCGGCAGGACCUGCUUCAGCCCCGCGGGGGCUCCGAGAGGGGCUCCCGAGGCCAAGGCUUCGUGCACUGGUUUACUUUAAAAUGUACA